CUUGAGAUUCCUGGCCACUUCCGAACAGAAAUGGCGGUCAGGUGGUGUGCCAUUGCUACUGGAACUUCUCCAGGGCUUGGAGAGUCAACGCAAGGUAGACUGGUCUGGGCAUGGCUUUACUAGAGGCCGCAUCCACUAUUUUUUCAAUAGUUGUCCGAAGCUUAGAAGCAUUUCGGGCGUUUAGCUCGCAAAAAUAGUUCGCCCAGAAGCUCUGGGGGAUAGCUCGUGCGGAGGACUAACAUUCACAGCAUUGAGUGGAUAGCUCGCGCCGUUCGAGACGGAGCGACCGUCCUGCAGAGGCCGGUGAUACGUGUCGCCUCGAGUUUCGUUGGCUCUUUUCCCGUUUCGAAUAAGAUAGAAAGAAACGUAUUAUCUCUGCAUUCAGUCGUUAGCUUUUUUCUUUUUUGGGGCGGGUAUUUGGCUCGUUCAGCCUAGACAUGCGUGGCUGACUCAAUAGGGAGGACAAUAUCGGUCAAGGAGCACCAUUCAAACUGUACUACACUCUCAAAGGCUUCCUCGAUAGCUUUCCUCCUUCACGCCCUAACCGUAUACCUUUCUUACUAGCCUGCAUUGCUCCUCAUCCUCACACCAACUGCCCAAACUUACUCCACUUAUUAGGCUAUCUCUUGCAAUUAUUUAAACUAUUGUUCCGACAAUGCAGUCGCCGUCAGCCACGCGGCCUGUGACCCGUCUCCUCCCUCUCGCCUUCCUCCUCCCUCUCCUACUGACCGCCACGCCAGCCGCCUCUCACGUCUCUCAGUCACGAGACUCCUCAACUGGGUGGGAAGGCGGAUUAUGGUUACCACACCCAGGAGGCGUAACCAAUGACCCGGCGAUUCAGGUGCCGCCCAACGGCGUGACUCGCGGUGGGUUCCACGGCCGGCGCGCGCUGCUGCAAGCGUCCGCGCCGGCGUCUGAGCCUCCCCUCGCUGAUACCGCGGAUCCCUCUUCCUCCGCUCCCGCAUCCUCCGCGGCUUUAGCCCCUUCUUCCGCGUUCCCUUCCGCUCCCCCUUCCGCCUCCCCUUCCGACUCCCCUACCGCCUCCCCUUCCGACUCCCCUACCGCCUCCCCUUCCGCUUCCCCGCCUGCCUCCCCUUCCGCUCCUUCCGCCCCGCCAUCCUCCCCAUCACCUGGGGGGGUUUCAAGCGGAACGCCCUUGGAGACCCCCGCGACCCCCGCUCCCCCGUCUGGCGCAGGCGGGGGGAACGCGGGGGGAGGCGCGGGGAAUGUGGGGGAUGGGGGGGCGACAUUCGACAUGCCCGGGCCUGUGUGCGAGGGGCAGUGCUGCUCCAACGCGGCUCCAGAAAUCCCGGACGGAAUGCCCAUGAUGACGUCAUCAUGGCUUAGCAGCCAGCUGGCUCACGGCGCUAAGAUCCACGUGCGCCACCAGUGCUGCGGUUUCUGGUGGCGAGCAGCAGACGGGAAGACGUGGAACGGCAGUGUGGCGACCAGCAGUGACUUCUCGCAGCCGGACGUGUCCCAGGCGCUCACUGUCAUUCGAGUCAGCGCCACCACGAUCAAGCUGCAGACCCCCAGCAGCACGUUCCUCUGCAAGGCCCCGCCCUCCCCGCCCAACGCCACGUACCCGAGAGGCGUGCUGGCCACCACUGCGGAAGCCACCGACCCGCUCACCACCUUCACCGUCAUCCCCAUCCCUGGCUCCCGCAGGGGGGGCAACAGCAGCACUGAUGCUGCUGCUGCUGGUACAGGGGCUAACAGCAGCACUGGUAGCAGCAGCAACAGCAGCAGCAGCAGCAGCAGCAGCGAUUAUUUAGGGUUAAUUGCCCUGGCGAGUGCGGACGGGUAUUACCUGUCCAUGGGGGAGGUGGCACCUGAGUUUCUCGAUGUGGUAACCGAAGGGGAUACUGCAGCGGGGGCGGGCGACGAAGAGUGGCUAGAUGUGCGCGAGGUGAUGACGGUGCCCGCCGUCCGCGGCGUGAACCUGGGCGGCUGGCUGGUCGGCGAGCAGUGGAUGAAUCCGAAAGCGUUCGCGUACAUGCCGUGGGGGGAUGGCACGAGGGUGACAUUCCAGUCCACCACAACGGACCUGUACAUCAGUGCUGUCAGCACAGGCACAGAGGCCACUUUGGCGUGUAACGCCCCUGCGGUAACUGUGCUACAGUACUUCCAGCUCCUCACAGUGCCAGGGGCGGCAGAGAACGUUCGUCAGGUGGUGGGUCAGAUGGGGCAGUACUGGGGCGUGUACACGGGGUCGACCACCGUGUGGACCAAGGACAACGAGCCGCAGGGCAGCAGCAGUGGCUUCACGCUCCUGCUGCUGGGAGCGGAGCUCAACCGAGCCACGCCCAUGAACGACUCACUGAGGGUCAUGAUCCGGGCCCCCAACGGCCAGCUGCUGCAGGCUCACGAGGACGGCACCAUAACAGCGGACUACAGCGCGGAUGCCACCAAUGCCACGCUCUGGUCAGGACCGGCUGUGUUCUUCAUGGACCUGAUAAACUCAGUGCAGGGUGAUUGGCAGGCUGCAUCCACAGCAGGGCCGGAUGCAGCAGAGAGCCUCUUUGACUCAGUGCACUCGAAGCUCAUCACGGAGCUGGAGUGGCAGGACAUGAGGGGGAAAGGGGUCAACACAGUGCGCAUUCCCACCCCCUACUGGAUCGCCCUGGAAGACCCCUCCUUCGCCUUCUCCUCUCCACCUGCGAGCCCUGCCGCCAAUAACAGCAGCAGCAGCAGCAAUACUAGUAGCACUCCUGCCGGGGCACCUGAGCUUCCGUACCCGUCUGGUGCUCUGGCCUACUUAGACUGGGCGUUUGAUAUGGCGGCGAAGUACGGGCUAAGAAUCUGGCUAAGUGUGCACGUGGCACCCGGGUCGCAGAUCGGAGAGGCGUUUUCGAGAGAUGGGUUGAUUCGAUGGUCCGGAUUGAACGUGGAUCGCACGCUCGAUUUCGUCCGUUGGAUCGGGACCCGGUUUGGGGGGAAUCCGAGCCUGUUUGGUGUGGGGCUGCUGCACGAGCCUGUAGCGCCGUCGUACUAUGGAGUAUUGGGUGUAGAUGGGGAUGAGCUGAGAGAAUACUACAGGAAAGCGCAUGACCUUAUAAGGGAGCGGUGUGCGUGCUGCUUCGUGUCAAUCGAGGGGCGCGUGGGGAAGAGCAUGUGGGACGUGGCGUUUCACAUGCUUGACACGUGGCACCCCAAUGUGCUGUACGAAACGCACCUGUACAACGUGCUGUCGGGGAUCCCGGUGGCUACCAGGAAGCUUCCUCAGCUUGCUGAGCUGGAGAUUGGCGAGGAGAAGAGCAACAAGGCGACGCUUCUUGAUGGGGCGCAGAGUAUAGGGCGGCCGAUCCUGGUGGGCGAGUUUGGAGUGGCCAUGGCCAGCCUAACGGCACAGAGCAGCAGCAGAAGGACUUCACUCUCGCUCAGAUGCAGGCGCUGGGGCACGCGCAGGCGGGGUGGUUCUUCUGGUCCUGGAAACUCAAUGUUACAGGCAAGGCCAAAUGGCAAUUUCCGCUGAGCAUGGCCAUGGGAUGGUUACCCAAAAAAGACGAUGGCAAUUGGUACUAAUUGCAGAGACCUUUUACUGUGAUUCUAGAGUACCUGAAUAUGAUUUUGAGACUCACGCAUCACCAAGUGGGUAGCGUUGGCUAGUAUAUUAGCAUUGUAGUGCUUCACAUGUUGCAUCGCUCGCCACCUUGCGCUGCCGAACCAUGCCGCUCACUUGCCUGGCUGGUCGUUGUGGUGGUAACUAUUGGUACACUGUGGUGCACCACAUGCUCCGUGUAACAGUACCGAUCCCGUGUCGCAAGUCCC